AUGUCGCCCUCCGCACUCAACUCCACCGUUGAGACGACCCAAAUCAUCAUCAGGCUCUCCAGCCCUCUCGCCGAACUCUCCACGCUCACCCCCCUCGUCGAUCUGCUCGCCCUCACACACGCUGUCACCGUGCCCUCCCCCCUCAAGCAGUCUCGCCUUUCCACACUUCUACACACACUCUCAGCCGACCCAUGCCCAUCCUCGUCCUCCCCGUCCGCGCUGCACAGCGAGGCAGAGAAGCUCAACUCUUUCAUUCGCUUCCUCUCUCCGGUGCUGAACGGCAUGGCGGGCCUGCGGGAGUUUGAGGCGGCCAUCGACCUGCGUGACGACGACCCACAGGACUUUCGAGACUUUUGGACGCUGGAGGAUCGCAACUUGAUCAAGGAAUACGUCGAGGACGGACAGGUGGGGGGCUCCAGCCCGGGAAGCGAAAAGGUAUUUCUGGAUGCGUAUGUGCGGGAUGUGUCGAGGAGAGUGGCGCUGAGCCAGGAGGGGCGCCUGAUGCUCGUCGAUGGGCACCGCAAGGUUGGGGAGCAGGUGCCUGUGGCGGAGACGAAGCGAGCUAGCUUGUUGAUUUACAGAGAACAGGGGCUGGAGGGGUGA